AGAGAUUGAGCUGCACCAUUGUCCCACAAGUUGAAUGCACUUUUGCUCCUCCUACACUGAUGUAAAAGCAAAUGAUGAGUGUAACGAAUUAUUCAUACACCGAUCCGUUGCUUUAGAAUCUAUACACUGCAUGAGAGUUAACUUCUGGGAAAAGGGUAAAAAUUUUUGCCGUGGACAGGACUUUUUGUUUCUCAAGCAAACGUCUGCUUUUGUCUUAAAACAAACUUGCCAGUGCUUUAGAGAACUCAGUAGACUAUUAUCAUUCUUUGCUCAAAAAACAACAUGAAUUUGGAGGAGUACUUUAAGAAGAUUGGGUUUCAUGGUCCAUUUGACAAACCAGAUCUUGUAACACUUACAAUGAUCCACAAGCAGCAUGUUAUGUCAAUACCAUUUGAAAACCUAAGCAUUCACUGUGGUGAAAAAAUCACUAUGGAUCUUGAGCUCAUAUUCAAUAAGCUUGUCAAAAGCAAACGUGGAGGUUGGUGUUGUGAGAAUAACCUCCUCUUUUCCUGGGUGCUGAAGGAGUUAGGCUACAAUCCCAUAAUUCUUGGCUCGAGAGUCUUUAACACCAUUAAAAAUGAAUUCAACCCGACAGACACCCAUCUCAUCAACAAGAUUUACAUUGAUGGAACUGCAUACAUUGCAGAUGUCAGCUAUGGAGUAUCUGGCCAAAUAUGGUAUCCCCUUGAACUGGUCUCUGGAAGGGACCAAACACAGCCCCCUGGUGUCUUCCGCCUCAUAGAAGAAGGAGACAUCUGGAUUUUGGAGAAGACAGGUCGAAAGCCCUUGGUUCUUGAUGAAAACUUUGCCAACUCAAGUUUGUUGAACAAGAGCCAAACAAAGAGGCUCUACUGCUUUACUUUAGUUCCCAAAGGAGUCGAUCAUUUCUUGAAAACAACUCACUGCCUGCAGACCGAUCCAAAUUCUAUGUUCACCAACAAGUCCAUCUGCUCACUGCAAACUGCCACGGGAUUCAGAGUGCUUGUUGGCUGUACCCUCAGUGAAUUCACCUUUAACUACCAGGAAGGUGUGGAUAUUGUGGAUAUGAAAGAUAUACCUGAAGAUAAAGUGGAAGAUGUUUUGAAAGAAAAGUUUAAUGUGGUUUUGGUGAACAAGCUGGUGCCUUUAAACAACAAAGCCGCAUACACUUUCUAAGCACAGAAACAAAUGUACUCAUAUCCUCGCUGAAACGGCCUAAAGUUUUCUGUAGCGUCGAAAGUCAAAUCAGCUCUAUGCUAGCAAAUGUAUGUUGUGUUUGCUGAUUAAAGCCUCUCUGACAGUUAAAA